ACUUCAAUGUAUGAACUAUGAAGAUUCCAAUGGGUUAGUCAUCGCUCAAAAGUUGGAAGCAAUUGGUGGGAAAGGAGGCAAGCAGUGGGAUGAUGGAGCAAACUAUGACUAUGUAACAAAGGUUUAUAUACGAGGUGGUCGUGAAGGAAUUCACUACAUCAAAUUUGAUUAUGUCAAGGAUGGACAAGCCAUAGAUGGAUCCAUCCAUGGUGCUUUGGGUGACGGUUUUACACAUACGUUAGAGAUUGACCAAUCCAAUUAUGAACAUAUUGUAUCUAUUGAUGGUUACUAUGAUGACAAGACCGGUGUGAUGCAAGCACUUCAAUUCAAAACCAACCUGAAGACUUUUGAAUUGAUUGGAUAUCCAAAGGGUGCUACUAAGUUUUCACUUGGAGUAAAUGGCAAGAUUAUGAUUGGCUUCCAUGGAUUUGCAGGAAAAUCUCUAAACUCCCUUGGAGCAUAUGUAACAGCGGCUCCUCCUAUUAAAUCGGAACUCGUAGGUGGUUUAUAUGGAGGCAUAUAUUGGGAUGAUGGUCCCAAUUAUGACGGUGUAAGAAAGAUGUAUGUUACUUAUACUAACUACCUUAUCAGAAGUAUCAGCACCGACUAUGACAAAGAUGGUCAAGUGGUAACAUCUUAUCAUGGAAGCAAAGAUGGAGAGACAAAAGAGUUUGCAAUCGACUAUCCAAACGAAUAUUUGACAUCAGUGUCUGGUACCUACAACACAAUUCCAGAGGAUGGCGUUUUGGUUGUUAGGUCGUUGAUUUUCAAAACAUCGAAAGGGAGAAUUUCUCCCACGUAUGGAUUUGUCUCUGGUACCGAAUUCGUGUUUGAGAGACAAGGUUAUGUUAUUAAUGGGUUUCAUUUUGGAGUUGAUGGGCUUUUGAUUUUGGGAUCUGCUCGAAGAGGGUUUGUGAAGUUAAGGAGAUUUGUCGGGUAAAUUGACUUUUUUGAUGUUUUGUAAAGCUUCGUCUUCUUAAGUCAUAUGAUUUGUGUUUGCUAAUCUUGUAACUCCGUGACUUGUGGUGUGAUUACUACUUCCAUGGGUUUGGUUUAUGUUUGAGAUUUGGUUCUUGUGACUUGUGGUGUUCCAUGGUGUGUUUAUAUUUUGCAAUUUAUCAAUAAUGACUGACUUAUAAA